UGUCUCUGAUUGCGUUUUCUGUCGUUCGAUAACGAAUGAUGAUUGAAUCAGAAUAUUUAGCAAUUUAAUUCCAUAAAACUGUUGUUAUUUAUGCGAAACCAUGUCCGACAUCAACAUGGAGAAGUUUGCAAAAGCAGACUUUGGCCCCGAUCGCUACGUGAAAGAAUUGGCGAGAUCCUGCGUUGGAGGGGAGGAGCUGCAACAGCAAAAAGAGAAGAUUCAAGUUCUUGCCGAAGAUACCGCAAGCGCGCUUAAGAAGAAUGUUUACGAGAAUUACAUGCAGUUCAUCGAGACGGCGACAGAGAUAUCUCACCUGGAGGCUGAAAUGUACAAGCUGUCGCGUCUACUUAGCGAGCAAAGGUCUGUGCUUACGACGCUCUCUCAUGCAUCUGUUUUGGGGCACGACAAUACCAUUUCCCGCGAGUCUAUAGACACACAAGACCUCGAAGCUGAGAAAGCGGAGGAGCAGAGGAAAAACAAACUCAACACUAUCAUGGAUAAGGUUGAAAGUUGCAUGAAUUUAUUAGAUGUCCCAGACAGGACUUUGCUUCACGAAGGAGACUUGCUGGAGAUCGACGCCGAAGAGAAUACGGCUUUGCAAAGAAUGCACGUUUAUUUAUUUAAUGAUUGUCUCAUGCUGUCCUCUUGGAUAUCAAACCGCCGAGGGCCAAUGAGGUACAAAUUCCAAGCUAGCUAUCCUAUCAGCACUCUGGCUGUAGUAAACGUGCGAGACUUAGGCACUGUGAAGCAAGCCUUCAAGGUCUUAGCUUUCCCUGACACAAGGGUCUUCCAAUGUAACAGUUUUGCAAUUAAAAAAGACUGGUUGGAUAAGUUUGAUGUGGCCAAGAAAAUGUAUAUUGAAAAUGAGAAUUCCAAGCUUAAAAAGAAAGAUGAGAAGCCUAAGCCAGAGUUAGUGGAGUCCCCUAGUCUAUCGGUAGAGGAGUUGCCAUCACCACAGAUCCCCAGUCUACCAGAAUGGCUGGCCGAUGUUACCGAAGAAUUGGAUGUACUCAUAGUUGAAAGACAUUUUCAAAAAACAUAUGAAUUGAUGGUAUCUGCUCAGAAAUCGUUAAAUUCCGAUGAAUUUAAAACCCACCCUGAGAGAGAAGGCAUCUUGAAAAAGAUUGAACAGAAACAGAAGAUUCUAAUAGAUAUAUUGCUGAAGGAACUUGAUGUAACUCACAACUGGAGUCCACGGGGAGGGCUUCAGUCAUCCCGGUACCCGGUGCUCAUCCUCAAUAAGUUUAACAUGACAAGUCAGGCUUGUGAACUGUUUUUAGCGAUCUGCAGCCACACAGUCAAGGUCCAUAUCAAAGGUGUCCAGUUAGAGGGUACUAUUAAUACAUAUGUGAAGCAAGUUGAGGUUUUCUUUUGCUCAUUAAGUGAUGCCUUAACAGAGUUCACAGCUCUAUUUCCUAAGAAUAAGAUUAGUGCUUUUGUAGUGUGGGCAAGUCUGCAACUAAGAAUGCUGCUCAGUCAAAUUAUUAAGCAGGUGUUCACACCGCAAUGUCCUUUAGAUUCAGUUCUAGAGUGUGUCCAGAGCCUUAGAGAUCAAUGCUCACUGUUCUGUGAGUUCGGGCUAGACCUGAGAUUUGACCUCAACAGUUCUUUAAGAUCACCCACCAAUAAAGCUCUAAAAGAGUAUAAAGAAAAAAUUGUAGAUUCCAUGAAAUCAAAACUCGCAGAAGACAAGUGGACCCCAGUUAAUAUGCACACUAAAGCGGGCGUCCAGAAGUUUUUGACACAGAUGGAGAAUUUGGGCCUUAUAUUAGCUAAGUAUGUAAUAAACGAGACCUGGGUGGACCUCUCUAGUAGUACCAUAUGGUUCGCUCAGUCUGUGAUAACUAUUCAGAAAGUGGGACUAACUCUUGUAACUAAAGACCUGAUGGAGACCUUGGAUGAAUGUAUUUAUGCUAUUUUUAAUGCUAGGCUAGUACUUGGCGUAGGAAAUGAUUCUGUGUACGCUCAAAAGAAUUUCAGGUUCAUUUUGGAUACAGUGAUGCCCCUGAUGCUCCGAUGUUACAAAGAAGAGGUUGGAUAUGAGAAUGACAAAUUGUUGGCACUAGCAAAGAAACACGGAGUCAGUGUGGCACUGCCAAAGAAGUCUAAUAUCACAAAAUACACGAGUAACGAAUAUUUAUGAGAAUAGUCAAGGAUAUGGUGAACGGUGUACGAAAUUAUUUUUGUUACGCUAAAGCUUUAAUACUGUAAAAUAUAGGUAGUAAGCAUGCAGGAUUUUUGUAUGAUUAUUUAAUGAAACUGAUCAAAUUAUAUUAUAUGCAAGUUAAUCAAUAUGAAAUUUUAAUAAACAAACGACAAAUA